GAGAGGCAUCCAGGCCAACCCCAAGGCCAAUGCCACCCAGUUUUUAACCGAUCCACGGUUGAUGACGGUGAUGGCCACCUUGAUGGGAAUUGAUAUGGAUGGUCCUCCACCAGGUGAUUUUGGCGCUGCUCCAGAGGUUCCAACCCAAAAGCAAGAACCUACACCAGCUCCUCAAUCAAAGAAGGAACCUGUACCUGAACCAGAAGACGUAGAGAUGGAAGAACCUGAAGACACCUCGAAAGAAGAUGCCGACAAGCUCAAGGCUGAAGGUAACACUUUGUACAAGCAGAGAAAGUUUGACGAAGCCAUUGCUAAGUACACCCAAGCUUGGGAAACUCAUAAGGAUAUCACCUAUUUGAACAACAGGUCUGCUGCUGAGUUUGAAAAAGGUGAUUUCGAAACUGCCAUCAAGACGUGUAACCUCGCCAUCGACGAAGGAAGAGACAUGAGAGCCGACUAUAAGUUGAUUGCCAAGGCGUUUGCCAGAUUGGGUAAUAUCUACUUGAAGCAAGAUGACUUGAACGAAGCUGUCAAGUACUUUGACAAGUCAUUGACCGAGCACAGAACUCCUGAAGUGUUGAACAAGUUGAGAUCAACUCAGAAGGAAAUCAAGAUCAAAGAGAUUCAGAGUUAUGUUAACCCUGAAAAAGCUGAAGAAGCUAGAUUGGAAGGUAAGGAAUACUUCACUAAAGGUGACUGGCCUAAUGCGGUUAAAGCUUAUUCCGAAAUGAUCAAGCGCGCACCAGAAGAUGCCAGAGGGUACUCCAAUAGAGCUGCUGCAUUGGCCAAGUUGAUGUCGUUUCCAGAUGCUGUGCAGGACUGUAACAAGGCCAUCGAGAAGGAUCCCUCAUUUGUCAGAGCGUACAUUAGAAAGGCCAAUGCCCAAUUGGCCAUGAAAGAAUAUGCUCAGGUAAUGGAAACUCUUAAUGUGGCCAGAGAAAAGGAUACCGAAUUAGGAAGUAAGAACGUGAAUGAAAUCGAUCAAUUGUACAACAAGGCAUCAUCUCAGAGAUUCCAGAAUAUAGAAGGUGAAACUCCCGAACAGACCAUGGAAAGAGUCUCUAGAGACCCUGAAGUGGUCCAAAUCUUGCAAGACCCAGUGAUGCAAGGAAUCUUGCAACAGGCCAGAGACAACCCCGCUGCCUUGACCGAUCACAUGAGAAACCCCGAAGUCAGCAAGAAAAUCAACAUGUUGAUAGCUGCUGGUGUCAUUAGAACCAGAUAGUGGUGGUAUGCAAAAUUGGUAAAUAGCUAAUAUACACUACAAAGUUUUCCCGUAC